UGAGAAGCUGUCAUUGAAUCCGGCGGCGGGCAAGCGACCGGUCGUAAACAACGUGCUCGUAGUUUUUGUUUGUAUUUAAUACCGCUAACACAUUCCCAAAAUGAAAGGCGACAAGAACGUUGACAUCCAGGCUUUGAAAGACAUCGCCAACAAGCUGAGGAUUGACAGUAUCGUCGCUACUAACGCGUCCAAAUCGGGUCACCCGACAUCAUGCGCGUCCAUGGCGGAGAUCAUGUCGGUCCUGUUCUUCCACACCAUGCGCUACAAGAUCUCCGCGCCCAGGGACGCCUCCGCCGAUCGGUUCAUUCUCUCCAAGGGUCACGCCGCCCCCAUCCUAUACGCGGCCUGGGCUGAGGCCGGCCUCUUCCCCGUGGAGGAACUGAAGAACCUCCGCAAGUUGGACUCCGACCUGGAGGGCCACCCCACUCCCCGCCUCAACUUCGUGGACGUGGGCACCGGCUCGCUCGGACAGGGGCUGGCCGUCGCCGCCGGUAUGGCGUACGUUGGGAAGUACUUCGACCAGGCUCCUUACAGAGUAUACUGCCUGGUGGGAGACGGUGAGGCGGCCGAGGGCAGCAUCUGGGAGUCUCUACACUUCGCGUCCCACUACAAGCUAGACAACCUGGUCGUCAUCUUCGACGUCAACCGACUCGGACAGUCCGAGCCCACCUCGCUGCAGCAUCAGCUGGACGUGUACGACUCCCGCAUGAAGGCGUUCGGUCUGCACUCGCUGGUGGUGGACGGGCACGACGUGUCGGAGCUGGUGAAGGCCUUCGACGAGGCAGCCUCCGUCAGCGGCCGCCCCACCGCCAUCAUCGCCAAGACCUUCAAGGGGAAGAACUUCCCCGGCAUCGAGGACUUGGAGAACUGGCACGGAAAGGCUCUGGGCGCUGAGGGAGAGAAGGUCAUCAAGCACUUACAAUCCCAGAUCAAGAACAACACGAUAACGCUGAAGCCGCGGGCGCCGCUGUCGGAGGCCCCGCGCGUGCACAUCGCCGACAUCACGCUGUCGUCGCCGCCGCAGUACUCCGCCGGGGAACUCGUCGCCACGCGACUCGCCUACGGCACCGCGCUCAAGAAGAUCGCCGAUACUAACAUGCGUGUGAUUGCUUUGGACGGUGACACCAAGAACUCGACCUUCAGUGACAAGCUGCGCAAUGCUUACCCAGACAGGUACAUCGAGUGUUUCAUCGCGGAGCAGAACUUGGUGGGCGUGGCCACCGGCGCCGCGUGCCGCGACCGAGCUGUCGUCUUCGUCUCCACCUUCGCCGCGUUCUUCACCAGGACCUUCGAUCAGAUCCGUAUGGGUGCGAUCAGUCAGUCCAACAUCAACCUGGCCGGCUCCCACUGCGGAGUGAGCAUCGGAGAGGACGGACCCUCACAGAUGGGACUCGAGGACCUCGCACUGUUCAGGGCCGUGCCCACUGCCACCGUCUUCUACCCAUCCGACGCGGUGUCGACGGAGCGCGCCGUGGAGCUGGCGGCCAACACGCGCGGCAUCUGCUACAUCCGCACCUCGCGGCCCAACACCGCCAUACUGUAUCCCAACGACGAGGUCUUCAAGGUCGGUCAGGCCAAGAUAGUCCGUCAGUCCGGCAAGGACCGCGUGUUGCUCAUCGGCGCGGGAAUCACUCUGCACGAGUGCCUGCUCGCCGCCGACAAACUUAAGACUGAAGGCAUCGAAGCCCGUGUCCUGGACCCAUUCACCAUCAAGCCCCUGGACGAGGCGGCCAUCCAGCAGCACGCCAAGGCUUGCGGCGGGCGCGUGGUGGUGGUGGAGGACCACUACCAGGCGGGCGGGCUGGGCGAGGCCGUGCUGUCGGCGCUGGCGCUGCAGCGUGACGUCAUCACGCAGCACGUGUGCGUGCGCGAGGUGCCGCGCUCCGGCCCGCCCGCCGCGCUGCUCGACAAGUUCGGCAUCUCCGCGCCGCACAUACGGAACGCCGCGCACCUAGUGCUCAAGGCCUAGGCGUGCUCAUCUACCUAGCUGUACCCUUACCCUCACGAGUUUAAAGCAAUAAUAUUUGUCUAAUCUCACCGGUCGUGUCGGUCUGCCGUCUCAUCAGGUUAUGAGAGUGAGAAAACAGAGAGUGCACCUGUAUUUGCACAAACACUUGUGCACUAUAAUAAUAUAUCUCCUGCGUGUAGUGGGUUGGUACUUUGGUCGACACUAAGAAUACUAUUGCUUUAAGCUCCCGGUAUAGGUACUGGUCUACACGUUCCCAUCACUCGGCCCUUACCCUCAGCUCGCAUUUUGUAUUGUGAUAAAUUCAGUAGCUACUAGUUGGUGGGUUGUCAAACACCUCUCAAUUUUUAUAUAGAUUUGAUAUUCUCUGUGAGCCAUCAUGGUGUACUUGUUAUUGUUAAUCAUUUGCGCACAAUUAUGACUCAAAUGUAAAUUGGUAAUCAUAGAUGUGCAGUGUAAGCACAAAUCAAAAUUAUACAUUCCUGCUGGCAGACAUUCCGGUUAGCAUCCAUGUUGUAAACGGUCCAACUAUUGAAGCAAUCAGCUUGAAGUGUUAUCUUGUAGUUCCUAAGGACAUGUAAUGUUAAGUAACACGUAAUAACGCAUUACGGUAUAUUGCAGAUCUUUUCUAUACUUUAUAUUUAAUAUUAAAUAUUGUGUGCCUUUGUUUACUGAAGUGUUGUUGCACUGAACACAAGGCAAGGUUUUAGAUGGAUUUUUGAAGGUUAGUGUGUAAGAGUAUAUUUUAUAGUUAUUUUUGUAUCGCUCGCGGAGGCUCGCUCGCGGCCCGUUGUUACUCGGUGCGGGUGGUUGGUCGCCUGUACUCGAUAUAUAUUAUGUAUAACUGUUGGUCAAAUUAUUAUAUUCUAAAGUGUUAUCUCCCACUGUCGCGGCCCUCACACGGCUGCGUCGGGUGUCUAUACAUUCAUUUGGGUGUGUCUGUUGUUAAAUCAUACAAAAUAUUGUUUCGGUUAAAUGUUUUAAUUGGUAUAUUACAUUCCUGUUUUCAUUAUUUCUUUUUAUAUUUUAUUAAUCACGGAAUCAAGUGUUUUUCUUUACAUUAAAGUUUAUUGUAUACAA